AUGAUACCCCAAAGGCAAAAGCCAGGCGGUAAGGUAAAAAGGCACUGGCAAAAGAAGAAGAGUCUUUAUGAUGAGUACCUUGCUGACUCUGGGGACAGCGAAGGCACGGGAGCUGAUGAAGAGCGGGAAGAGACGUUUGAGUGCGAGCAGUACUGCGUGCACAUGGACGUGAAUAUUCUUAUCCAGCAAACGGUGCAGAACAUUGUUCAAAGCGUAUGUCUCGAGGACCCAGAUGGCUUCGCUAUCUUUGGCGAUCAUGAGCUGAUUUGUUUUGCGGCUGGGGUGAAGCACAACAGCUCGAUCAUGUCUCUGCAAAUACGCUACUUGGACGUUUCUGAUGUGUCGCUGAUUCCGCUUUGCAAGGCUCUCGAGGAGCACCCUAGCAUUCGGGCUUUAGAUCUUUCCGGGACUCACGGUGGAGAGGGCACUAGCAAGGCGCUGCGACAGCUGGUGUGUACGAAUCCAAACAUCAUUUUCAUGCGCCUUGAAGACACCGUUCUGAAUCCAAAGGACGCAAGUAUCAUUGAGAAAGCAACUCGGUACAACUCAAUGUCAUGCCCAGAUCCCAACAACAACCCCUUUCAUUUAGGUCUGCUACGACGAAUGAGCGCGAUGGAUGAGGAGCACAAGUUUCGCGAGCAGCUUCACGCACGUCCUUGGCUGCUGGGAGACGGGCCGUCCAAUCAAAAGAGAUUCAAAAAGACGGUUUUGAGCACAGCUGCGUCAUAUCAUAUCGGCGGCGAAAUCUGCGCUCAAUUCAUUCAGGGAAGAUGCCCUUACGGCUCGCGGUGCAAGUACAUUCACCCCGAGCGUACCGUUGCUCUGAAGAACGUUGUUGCGUCCAGUCUGUACAACCGUGCAGAGCAAAGUGGAGGCGGGGAUGCUGUUUCCACGGCCUUUUCAACUACAUCCGCGUCUCGGCAAAGGUUACAGAGUCGCCUACGACCACCUGCAUUUAUGCUAAAGAAGCCGGAGCAAUGCGAGAGGGAACACGAGAAUUUUGAGAUAUCGAUGGAGUCUCCACCGGGGGCAGACGUUCCUUCCACCCAACCUCCGCUUUCUUCAUGGUGGGUGAUGAGUGUAACCGUUGUGUGCUGCUGCGUGAUAAUAGUUGCAGGUUUGUAA